AUGUCAGCCGAGGGCAAGGAGAACAGUAUUGAUCCUGUGGCAGUGCGUGCAGAGCUGAAAGCGUGGGAAACGGCGUUUAAGGAGCAGAAUGGUCGGAAAGCUGGACGUGAGGAUAUCAAGAAAGACGCGACUAUACAGGCGAAAUACAAGCUAUACAACGAAUUGACCUCGAGGGCUUCCCGACCGAAGACCGCUUCAACACCCAGCAAAAUCAUCAAGCAUUCCCGAAUCGAGAAGCCUGCGAAAGCGACGCCUAAGAGAACGCCGAGCAAGAAGCUAUCUACCUUACAAGGCCCUGUCUUAUCACCUGUACAAGAAGCCGAACCUACACCUGCCUUCAUCCGGAAUGCACUGGGCCCAACACCACAUCGAGACGGCCAAGUUCUGAGCAUCUUCGACAUCGCCAUCGAGAGCACGCCAUUGAAAGGCGACAGUCCAUCAAAGACCAAUGGCAUAGCAUUGAUCGCAGGCACCCCAAGCAAAAGCGCUACAGCCGCCUCAGAAGAAUCAGGACACUCACGAACUCCGCAAUCUCUAAGCAAGCGCUACUUCCUCGACGCCUUUGCCGGCACUCCCCUAAAAAGAAAACGAGACGACAACGACAUCGGAACUACAAGCAGCUCAAAACGCAAAUUCGCCACUCCUGCCUUCCUACGAAGAUCUGUUCCACUUGCGCCUAUAGCAGAGCACAAUGCGGAAACAUCGACAUCAUUACUUCCACCUUUCAGGAAACGUGGUUUGGUGAGGAGUUUGAGCAGUAUUAUCCAAGGUCUAAAGAAGCAGGAAGAGAAGCGUAUGGAUGACGAAUGGGAUGUCAUGAAUGAGAUUGAGGAAGAGGAAGCGAAUGGAGGGCCGCUGCCGAAGAGACUCCCGGCCAACGUACAGGUUGAGGAUAGCCAGGAUGUUGUCGAGAUGCCGUUAGGUCCAGACCAGGCUUUUGAGUCGAGUGAGAGUGAGGAAGAGGAUAGGGGUACGGGGAGGAAGCCUUGGAAGAAGAAAGGUUUGAAGAGGCAGACGAGACGGGUUAAGAUGAAGCCUGUGGUUCAUAAGCCCCAAAAAGCCGAAGCCGAAGCUGAAGGAGAGGAAGAGGAGGAACCCGUGGCUGAAACUCAACUCCAGCAUGAUCCGAAUUCGGUAGAUGAGCUUGGAGACAGUGCAGCAGAAUCUGGUUCAGAUACGGAAAAGCAAGCUAGGGGAAAAGCAAAGCAGAAGUCGGCUGCAAAAACGAAAGGACAGGGGAAGGAAGUCGAGAAGGAUGAGUCCAAGAAGAAAGGCCGGAAGGUCGAUCCUCUGGCUCAUACGAACUUCAGAGCUCUUAAGAUCAAGAAUAAAAACUCCAAAGCGGGUGGCAGGAGAGGGAAAUUUGGCAGACGAUGA